AUGGUUCAGCACGUGCAGGCGUGGCUGCGUGAGAAGAAGCCACUGACCCUUGACUCCGAGGAAGGAGAAGAUGAGGAGCGUGUUGACGACCAAGAUGAGGAGCGUGCUGAUGACCAAGGUGAGGGUGGGGGAUCCGCUGCGGCGGCGGAUAACGAGAUUGAAGUUGUCAAUGCGGACAAUGCGUGGAGUAGUGAUGAUUGA